GGAGGGCCCAGCCCGGGCGCGCCGCGGGCAGGCCCGGGUGAGACGGCGGCAUGGGGCAGGCGGGCUGCAAGGAGCUCUGCCGGUCGCUGUUCGACUACAAGACCGAAAAGUAUGUCAUCGCCAAGACCAAGAAGGUGGGCCUGCUCUACCGGCUGCUGCAGGUCUCCAUCCUGACGUACCUCGUGGCCUGGGUGUUCCUGAUAAAGAAGGGUUACCAAGACACAGACACCUCCCUGCAGAGCAGCAUCAUCACCAAAGUCAAGGGUGUGACCUUCACCAACACCUCGGAGCUCGGGGAGCGGCUCUGGGAUGUUGCCGACUACGUCAUCCCACCCCAGGGAGAGAACGUCUUCUUCAUUGUCACCAACCUGAUCGUGACCCCCAACCAGCGGCAGAGAACCUGUCCUGAGAGUGAAAGCAUCCCCGACGCCCUGUGCUAUAAUGACAGUGACUGCCCUCCUGGGGAGCCUGUUGUGGCUGGAAAUGGAGUGAGGACUGGCCGCUGCCUGCCGCUGGGGGACGCGCAGAGGGGCACCUGUGAGAUCUUCGCCUGGUGCCCGGUGGAGACAAAGUCCAGGCCAGCGAAGCCACUCCUGGGCCAGGCUGAAGACUUCACUGUUUACAUAAAGAACUUCAUUCGUUUCCCCAAAUUCAACUUCUCCAAGACCAAUGUGCUGGACACCAAAGACAGAUCUUACCUGAAGUCCUGUCGAUUUGGCCCCAAGAACCCCUACUGCCCCAUCUUCCGGCUGGGGUCCCUGGUCAGCUGGACGGGGAACAAAUUCCAGGAGAUGGCCCUGCAGGGCGGUGUGAUAGGAAUUCAGAUUGAAUGGGACUGUGAUCUUGAUAAAGCUCCCUCUGAAUGCAACCCUAACUAUCAUUUUAGCCGUCUGGACAACAAAUUUUCAGAAAACUCUAUCUCUUCCGGGUACAACUUCAGGUUUGCCAAAUACUACCGAGACAGAGAUGGGGUGGAGUUCCGAACUCUGAUGAAAGCCUAUGGGAUCCGCUUUGAUGUGAUGGUGAACGGCAAGGCGGGGAAGUUCAGCAUCAUCCCCACAAUCAUCAACGUGGGCUCUGGGGUGGCACUCAUGGGUGCUGGGGCUUUCUUCUGCGACCUGGUGCUCAUCUAUCUCAUCAAAAAGAGCCACUUUUACCGCAACAAGAAGUACGAGGAUGUGAGGGACCUAGAGUUCCAUCCCGGGUCGGCAGAGUCCUCGCGGCAGGGCGGGGCCCCGGAGGCUGAGGACGCGGUGGGGCCGGGGCUGUCGGAGCUGCCCGAGGCGCAGGACGGAGGCUGCGGCCCGAAGGAGAACGGCUGCGUAUGCCGGCAGCUCCUCGAGCCCUCCAGGUCUGGCCCCCUGGGCAAUGGAAAGGUGAACAUGGAGCAGCUGCAGAACCUGCAGACAGUGGAGGCAUAGCCAGAGGUAUUGGCAGAGCGCAGAUUUGGUGAAGACCUUGGGGGCAGAACCGCCUGCAGCUCUGAACUGGGAAGAGUCGUCUUUGCGUCUGCAUGGGACAGGGGCUUCCAGGCACAGUCAUCUCCUGCACUUUGGGAUCUUGCUACAAGCUUUUUGCUGUUGCGUGUGGGGAGGGGAGCCUCCCAGUGGCGAGAGUGGCUCAGAUGGAGAAAAGGAGGCCCUGGAGAGGGAAAGGAGGCCGGCCAGGGGCCUAGAGUGUUUUCAUUUUUUCUGAGAACCUAGUUGGACAUUCAUGCAUUCAUACAUGCAGUAAACAUUUUUUGCUGUGGGCUGGGCCCAAUCCAAGAGAUGCUUAAGUGAGACGCUGACCUGGCCUUCAGGGAGGGGAGCACAUUGUAAUUCUCUCCAGAGCCAACAGACGUCACUGCCAGGCUCAGCCACUCCGGCCUUCCUCCAGCCUCUAGCUGAGACUUUCACGAAUCCCUCUAGAGAAUGAGGGCUCCUCAGAGGAAGACCUUGGCCAACAUCCAAGGGGAUGUUUGCCUUUGCCCCCAGGGGUCAAAUUUAAAGGUGGCCAAGGAGGCAACCAGGAAAGGACUGGAGGGAUGAGGCAGCCUCCGAGGGCUUCUAGGUAAGGUGGGGAAGGGGAGGCAGGGAGGCCUCUGCUCGUCUGACCACCCAGCCUUGGGAAGCUCUGGGCAUAGUGUCGUGUCCAGAUGGGAGAUCAUCUGCCUGCGUAGUUUGGCUCUUGCAGUUCUGUGGGGCUGGGUGUCCCUGCCCAGCUUCCCUCUCUCUCUCCUCAAAGGCUGGGUCUGAAGGGCUAAUGAGAAUGGAUGGCACUCACUCAGCAGGUGGAAGCAGUUGUUGUUAGGGGGGCCAAAACUGUUAGGGAGGCCCUCACUCCCUCACCCCUGCCCCUCCUUCCCCACCCCCACCCUGCAGAACUCUGCUGCUUCCCUCCCUUAGUGGCUGUAGAGCUUGCUACUCAAAGUGUGGUCUGUGGACCAGCAGCAUGGGCAUCACCUGGGAGCUUGAUAUAAAUGCAGUCUCUGGCCCCUUCCUCAUCCUCCUAAAUCAGAACCUGCAUUUCAGCAACAUUCCCAGGUCAUCCGUGUGUAUGUUCAAGUUUGAGAAGCCCUGGUUGAGAAGAUCUGCAAAGCCUGGCUCUGAAGGAGGAAAAGGCCAGCUUUGGUGGUGGCGCCAAUUUGUAGGUCAGACUUACACACAUUCUACCUCGAGACCGAGGGGUCCCAGCCAGCCCCCUCGCCACCUCCCACCCCUGGGAAAGUGGCAUUAUGCUUAAUUUAUUUUCACUAGAUAAUACUUAUACGAUUCAAAAAUUUAAAAGGUACAAGAGAGUAGAGUGACAAGCUUCCCUCCCACCCCUGUUCCCCAACGCACCUUACGUUACCAGUUCCAAGACGCUCCCUUGUUAUGCUGAGAAGCCACUUGGUCAUUCAUGCCCUCACUCAGUAAAUGAGCUUUUCCUGCUGCCUAUGACGUCAGACCUCGUCUCCUCUGACAGAAAGGGACUCAAUAAAAUACGCUUAAAUACUGGGCUGGGGAGCUGGCCUGCUCACUUCUUCCUCUCCCAGAGUCUGAGGAGCCCGUGUAUAAACCCAAGGGGAGAGACUAGAACUCAUCACUCACUGGGUCUGAACUGCUUGGCAGCAAAGGCCCACAGUGCUGCCCCUCGCCCAGCAAGCCGCCAUGCUGUUUGCGCAGCCGCCCACACACCCACACAUGAGGGUGCAUCCUCUGUGAAGGGCUCUCUCUGGGCAUCCCUCGAGUCAGGGAAGCCUGGUUCCCCUCUGCGCACAGGGGAGCCGGUGAGCAUCCUUCCACUGGGGCCUUUGGAGAGGGUCAGAAGGGGCCUGAAAGAAGAGCCUCUCGGGCGAGGCUCCGCCACUGGGGCAGAGGGGAGUGGUCCCCAGAACAGGAACCCUUCUAGAGCAAGCAGCUUCCUCACCUUGGGCUGCCUGGUAAUCUGUCAACAAGCCCACCAGCUCUCUGAAUGGAAAGAUCUGGGUGAUCCACUAUGGUGUCUCACUUCCUCACUAUUGCAGCAAACCCUUGGAUUUGAUAAUCUAGCAUGUUACUUUUAUGUUUGGGAAGAAGUAAAAAGGGCAGGGGUCAUGGCUGCUUAGGAUUUGGGCUGGUUUCUUUUACCCUGUUUUUGGAAUUGCUUUGCAGCAGCCCUAUAACCUGGAGACAGCUGUACUGUUUGUUUUAUAUUGGACUGAAAAUGUCUUCCUAUAGUAUUCAUUCAGUAAAUAUUUAUUGAGUACCUGUUGUGUCAGGUGUGGGACUAAAUGCUGGUGACACAGUGGCAAGCAACACAGUCCCUGCCUGAGCGCUUACAGUCUUUGUCCUUAGUGCCCUCGAGUUGAUGCCAUCUCCUAGCGACCCUGUGUUCAGCAGAGUGGAACCCUGCCCCGUCUUUCUGCGCCAUCCUCUCACCUUCUGGCGCUCUAUCAGACAAUGCUCCGCUGCGGUUCACAGGGUUUUCAUGGCCAAUUUUUUCGGAAGUGGGUGGCCAGGUCUUUCUUCCUAGUUGGUCUUAGUCUGGAAGCCCUGCUUUUACCUGUGCACCAGGAGUGACCCUGCUGGUAUCUGAAAUACUGGUGAGUGCUGACUCUUAACCACCAGACCAUCAGGGCUGGCUGCUUACAAUCUAGGAGGGCUGAAUCUUCAUCAGUGGUCAUGCAUGUAAUCAAAGAAUGAAUUGAGUUUUCAAUGAGGAGUAGCCAGAGGUUUCCCCAAGGAAGUGACAUAUAAGCUGACAUCUGCAAGAUUAGUAGCAAUCUAACUAGGUGACGGGGAAGCAUUCUAGCUAAGGGAACCACACAUGUAAAAGAAAGCCUUGAUGUGAGCAGGAGCAACAGGGGAACUGGAUGGAGACAGUGUGACUGGAGCUGGUUUUGUGAGGUUUUCUUUUCAACUUUCUUUAAGAGUUGCCCCAUUAAGCCUUACUGCCAUAAAGGACUUAACCUAAUUGUUUCUUCAAAUCCAGCAACGCUUUCCAGGUGGCCUCCCUACUGCAUGUCAGGGGCCCCCAUUACAGCUUCUGGAUAGUGUUGUACACUGCCAAAGUUUCCUUGCUUUUGCACAGCCCCCCACUUCCUCCCUCUUUUUUUUGGCAUAAUCUUGGUGCAUGAAUGGGAGGCUCAAUAAUCUUAUAGAGACUAGCUCCUUUCAAACUUGGGAAAGCCCCUUUCUCUCGGGGUGCCCAAUGCCUCAUCAGGAAGAUGAGCAUGCCAGCCUCUCAACGGCUUCUGUCCAUGCUGUCCAGGAUCAUGUGUGUGAUCAGGCCCUGGCCUAAAGCCAUCUAUCUAGUAUUUUCCUAAUGACUGAGUUAUUCAAUGCCUUGGGAGUCCUCUGAUGCCGGCCCAUGCGCAGUUUGUAAACUGGGUGCUAUCAAUGUGAUGUCACAGGACCAGCCAUGAAGAAGCAAAGUGCCCUCUUCUCCUGAUGCAGGGUUCAUCAGGACUGACCAGUCACAGCUGCCUUUUUGCCCCUGCUGCCCCAUCAGUUCUUCCUUCUCAGUGGCUGGCUGCCCCACUGGGGGACCAGUCAUUAAGGAGGAACAUGACUUCCUCCAGGCGUAUCUAAGCACCCCAGCUAAGGAGUGCAGUGCCCUGGAGUCACUAAAUCAGCCCACUUGGAAUGGCAUCUUACGUGUCUGGAAAAGGGCUCCAUUUGGUUCCAACCUGCCCCCUUCCACCCAAGUGAUGCAACUUUCCUCGAAUAUACUCUCCAGCGGACCCAUGAACGCUCUCUCCACAGGAUACACCUUUCUUCCAGCUGCUUGUUUCCCCUUAGGCCAGUACACAGAAUUAAAGGGAGAAGAGGGCAAACAUUUUCUGGGACCUGUCCAAUAUAUGUAUUCUCUGACAUUUUUAUUUGGUUAUAAAACAGUAAAAGGUGUCAACUUUAAAU